UUUUGUCUUAAUCAGUUUUCCAAAAUCCCAAUUCCCAAUCACUAUUCAACCCCCAAAAAACCCUAUCCUUGUCUCUUUCUCCCUCUUCUCCGCCGGAGAUUCAAUUAUCCCGGAAUUCACUCUCGGAUAUGCAUAAUUCCUUGAUGUUUCGAUGUGUGUAAUCCGCUUGUACUGCUAGAAAUUCGUUCUUCGCAUCUGUUGAUUUCAAUUUAUUGUCAGUUGAAGUUUUUGUAACGCUUUUCAAUUGAUUUUUAUGGUAUUUUGUCGAAUUGUGAUUUGAAUGUAUUAGUUAGUAUUUCUUUUGAGUACUGUGUAGCUCUAGUGUUGGAAAUGACAAAGAGUGUUGUAGAGCUAGGACUGUUUUAAUCGUUGAUGGAAAUGGAGAGCACACGAAGAUCGUUUGAUAGAUCUCUCUCGAAAGAACCGGGACCGAAGAAGCCUAGGCUCACAGAGGAUCCUGCCGCAGCGGAUCGAAUCGCCAAUUGCCGUGCCGGAUUUGUGCAACGUCCAGCUGUUUCGAACCCUGCCGUCGGAGGAGGCCCGAGGGCCCAGAAGGACCGGGAUUCGGAGAGUAGUGAUUCUGUUCGGGGGCCCUUUCAACACCAGUCAGCGGCGCAGUUGCAUCAGGAACUGGUGUCUCAGUACAAGACUGCGUUGGCUGAGCUGACUUUCAAUUCCAAGCCCAUAAUAACCAACCUGACGAUUAUUGCCGGCGAGAGUUUGCCUGCGGCCAAGGCCAUUGCAGCGGCUAUCUGCAACAAUAUUAUUGAGGUUCCUAGAGAGCAAAAACUGCCGUCUCUGUAUCUACUGGACAGUAUUGUGAAAAACAUUGGGAGAGAUUACAUAAAACACUUCGCUUCCAGAUUACCAGAGGUCUUCUGUAAGGCAUACAGACAGGUCGAUCCUUCAAUACACCAAGGUAUGCGGCACCUCUUUGGCACCUGGAAGGGAGUCUUCCCUCCACAGUCACUUCAACUGAUUGAGAGGGAGCUUGGAUUCACCUCUGCAGCUAAUGUUUCAGCAGCUCCUAGAACUGAAACACAAGCUCAACGUCCUGCACAUAGCAUUCAUGUAAACCCUAAGUAUUUGGAGGCAAGGCAGCGACUGCAAACAAGCAGGUCUAUCGAGAAACAUCAAAGAGAUCAAGUAAGUGAUACAGCUCGUGAGAAAAGUUCUGGUGUACCAUUUGCGGAUUCUGAUUAUGGUUCUGGUGUCUUGGGGCGUUCGGGCUUGGGAAGUGGAAGGAUGACAGAACACCUUAAAGAGCCUGGAUAUGACAGGACCUGGGAUGAGUCUGGCAGUGAUAUGAUUGGGAUGCCACAUCAAAAGAAUGGUUUUGGUCUGAAGCAUGGAUCAGAAAGCUAUAUUACCCAUGAGCCAGCAAAUUUUGACUUAGAUCUACAGCACAAGAAAAAUAUAUCCAGUAGGAACACAAAUGGGAUGAGGGAUAACUGGAAAGACUCUGAGGAGGAAGAGUAUACCUGGAGCGAGAUGAACACUAGACCAACUGUAGCUGAUGCUCCAACUAAAAAUCAAUGGGCACCAGCCAAUUAUGAUAGAAUGGAUUUUGAAAGCCAUCUCUCAGGGCAUCAAAAUAUACAUGAUAUUGGAUCAAGGGAUGAUGAUGAAGUCUCAGUUGAUUCCAUUUCCAUGGAUCGUAGUCAAGUGGCAUCUGGGGCUCAAGUGCCAUUGUGGUCACAAAAGUUUCACCGACCAGAAGAAAGCAUGCAUUUAGGGACUGGUAAAACCUUAUCAGUUCAGUCUGAGGGAUAUCCAACUCGGCUGAAGAGCUCCCAAAGUACAAUGGGCAAGACCCAUUCUCAGUCACAGCUCAGUCAAACUCAUAUUGGAACCCCAAGCUUUAAGUUCCCAAUGAACGAAGCACCUUUAUCUAAAGCAUCUAUGAGUCAAGAGCGACAGACUCUUGCCCCUUCAUCCUCAGCACGAUCAUUAGUGCAUCAACGUCCUCCCUCAUCCUCUGUUUCUUCACACAGUCAGAAUCAUUUUUUAAAUAAUUUCGCUGACCGUAACCCCACUGCUACAGGCCCUCCUACAGAUCCUAGAAGGCGUCCAGGGCAAAAGAACACGAACUAUCGUGACCAAGUUCCAGAGGAUCCUCCUAUGCCAACCCGAGAAGUUAAUCAGGCCAGCACACAGAAGCCGCAUCCUGCAAGUUUACGGUCUACACCUGCUUUGAUGCCUCCCACUCAACAGAGGAAACACACUCCCGCUUCUCUACGAAGAAGUAUUGAAGUCCCCCAAUCUGAGUCUUCUGCGCCAGAACACCGCAUGCCGUCACAUAUUUCAGGCUCUGAAACGAUGGGGAAUUCGUCUUCUGACCAAUCAAAUCAUUUUACUGUUGAUUCCCCUGGAAAAUCCAUUACUAGUUCAUUAACAGGUAGCUUAAAUGACCCUAGUAGCUUUCAAGAAACCAGGCCUGGUUCAUCUCGAAAUAUUUUACAUGGAACUGUAGUCCCCCCUGCACUUUCUGAGAAGAAGGCAGAAAGGCCACACUUGCCAACUGUGCUACCUUCUUCAUUAGCAAGUAUUGGUUCAGAGAAGAUGCCAAGUGCAGUUAACUCCACCUCUAAUCCUUUUUCCAGUCUCUUAAGCUCAUUGGUUGCCAAAGGCCUGAUAUCUUCUUCGAAGUCUGAUCCUGUGCCGUCCACCUUACCUAAACCUGAUCAACCUAUGGAUGAUGUCCCUGAGACUGCAAGUACUAGUUCAGCUCCAGUAUCUUCUGUUCCAGUCACCUUGUCAAAACCUAUUGUGUCUGCUAGAGAUGAGCCAUAUUCAUCAGAGUCUACUCUCAAGGCUUCUGACAGAUUGGCCCUCCCAACAGAAAAGAUAAAACAUCUCAUUGGUUUUGAGUUCAAACCAGAUGUAGUCCGUAAGUUCCAUCCAGAUGUGAUUAGUGACCUCCUCUGUGACCUUCCACAUCUUUGCAUCAUAUGUGGUUGUAAACUUAAAUUUCAAGAACAGCUUGACAGACACAUGGAAUGGCAUGCAUCAAAGGUUCCUGAGGAUGAUCCCAUGAGCAAGAUGUCAAGGAGUUGGUACACAAAUGUAGUUGAUUGGGUUGCAGAAGUUGGUAGUACUCAUCUUGAUAGUAGUCCUUUGGACAUAGGAGGUUCAGGUGAUAUACUGGAAAGUAAUGAGCCGUUGGUCCCCGCAGAUGAGAGUCAAUGUGCAUGUAUAUUGUGCGGUGAGCUGUUUGAAGACUUCUACAACCAAGAAAAAGGCGAAUGGAUGUUUAAAGGAGCACUUUACUUGACCAUCCCAUCCCCGAAUGAAGGACUUGGAGCAACAAGUGAUGGUUUGUUUCUUAGUCCCAUAGUCCAUUCUGACUGUAUAUCAGAAGACACUAUGAAUGACUUGGGGCUAGCUUAUGACAUCAAAAUGGGCUUGGACUUGCUGCUGCUGAAGGUAUCGUGCCAGCAUUGCUUUCCGUAUCAUGUUCCUGAUCUCUUAUAGGAUGAGAGCAAAUGCUAAUGUUAGUCUUCAACAGGCGUAAUGAUGCCGGUACAUGCACCCGAUCAGUAUGCGGUUAUAUCCUUCAACAGGUGUAACGAUGCAGGUUCAUGGCUUGUUAUAUGUAUCUUGUAACAGGUAAAAUGAAAUCCUCAUUUUGUAGACUUUUUUCUCUUUUUUCGUUUCUCCCGAAGGUUGUAUGAUGAAAACUGGCCUCUUUGCUAAAUGAGAAUGUUGUCAACUCUGCUUCUGUAUCA